ACAUAGCAUGCCAAAAUUUGCUUGUCGUGAAGGCAGCCAUACACACAUCCGAAACCGCGGUUCAAUUUGAUUAUACAAAUAUUUGUUUUUUUGAUAAUAUUUUGCCCGUUUUUUGUCUGAAAAAUAACCGUCGCAAGCAGCAUUCUCUAUUGAUAUACUAUAUGAAUGUGUUCUGUAUCAUAGAUUUGUUCAGAAACACAGCAUGCCGUUUACAUGCUAGGAAUAUUAUAACUGAUUUGCAUCGGAAUUGAUUGUUAUCAGAAGUCUACCAAAAGGAUUAUUUACCUGUGUCAGGAUGUCAUUCUUUAAGCCCAUCAAACGGUCCCUUUCUGACCGUAAGGCCAAGAAGCAGCAGCAACAGCAACAGGCUAUCAGGAAAGAGGCUGAAAAAUCACAAUUCAGGCCUAUCCAGGAAGAGAAAGGAAAAGAAGAGGUUAAAAGACGGGAAGGGUGGCCGCCGCCAAAACCGGAGAGAACAUUUAGGCCUAUAGUAAUGUUUACUGAUGGUGGUCAGUGUUACAGCACAAGUCAUAUUCCAAGAGAGUGGCGGCAGUUAGGGAUUGAGCUUUGGAGCAUAGAGUAUGUUCCUUGCAGGGGCGGUGCUAGUGGGGGUCCAGGGGGGCAAAGGACCCCUGUCAGCAACCUUUGA